AUGAGGAUCACAAAUGUGCGAAGAGGCCGGAUCAUCCGCAUGGGAGCGGCGUGCGCGAUUCUAUUACUUCUACUAUUCGCUUUGCAUAAGUGGUCCACGGAUACUGGUGCUGUUGAAUUCGAGCGAGAAUUAAAUUUGGAGUCCCAGUCUGCAUUUUAUAAAUCACAUCGUGACGUUUACCCGACUUUGAAGACAGAACUCGGUAACUUCGAGCCGAGAGACCUGCAUGUCGUGAAAGGCCCCGGUGAAGAAGGCAAGCCUUACCACAUGGCCCAGGACAGGGCCAACGAUAUUGCAGAGUCCGAGGGUGAAUACGGCAUGAACAUAGCAGCCUCCAAUGAUAUCGCUAUGAACAGAUCGAUUCCCGACACACGUCUGGACGAGUGCAAGUACUGGCACUACCCUACAGAGCUGCCGAGCACCUCAGUCAUCAUCGUGUUCCACAACGAAGGUUUCUCAGUCCUCAUGAGAACUGUACACUCCGUCAUAGAUCGCUCCCCGCCGAAUAUUCUACAUGAAAUUGUAUUGGUCGACGAUUUCUCAGACAAAGAAAACUUAAAAUCAAAUCUGGACAACUACAUUAAAAGAUGGAAGGGUAAAGUACGUCUAAUAAGAAACACUCAGCGUGAGGGUCUGAUUAGAACACGUUCGAGGGGUGCUCAAGAGGCGACUGGUGAAGUUAUCGUAUUCUUAGACGCUCAUUGCGAAGUAAACCUCAACUGGCUACCACCGCUCCUGGCUCCUAUUUACAGAGACUAUAGAAUCAUGACAGUCCCAGUCAUCGAUGGCGUGGACCACAGAACCUUCGAGUAUAGACCAGUUUACCAACACGGCAUGAACUACAGAGGUAUCUUCGAAUGGGGCAUGCUUUACAAAGAAAAUGAGGUACCAGAUAGAGAAGUAAACCUUCACAAACACAAAUCGGAGCCUUACAAGAGUCCAACACACGCUGGAGGUCUUUUCGCUAUCAACAGAAGAUAUUUUCUCGAGAUUGGAGCUUAUGACCCCGGUCUUUUAGUUUGGGGUGGAGAGAACUUUGAACUGAGUUUUAAAAUUUGGCAGUGCGGUGGUAGUAUAGAAUGGGUGCCUUGUUCAAGAGUUGGGCAUGUGUACAGAGCGUUUAUGCCUUACUCAUUCGGAAACCUUGCCAAGAAUAGGAAGGGAUCCCUCAUCACAAUUAACUAUAAGAGAGUUAUAGAGACUUGGUUUGACGAGGAACAUAAGGAAUAUUUCUAUACUAGGGAGCCAAUGGCGCGUUUCUUGGAUAUGGGUGAUAUUACUGAACAGCUUGCUUUGAAAGAUCGGUUGAAGUGUAAGAGCUUUGGGUGGUACAUGGAGAAUGUGGCCUACGAUGUGUAUGACAAGUUCCCUAAGCUGCCGAAGAACAUUCACUGGGGUAUGGUGAAGAACAAAGCCACUGGAGUCUGUCUCGACACUAUGGGCAAGGGAGCUCCAGCAUACAUAGGCACGGCCUCGUGUCAUGGCUCCGGCAACAGUCAACUGUUCCGCCUAAACGAAGCUGGUCAGCUGGGAGUGGGAGAACGCUGCGUGGAAGCUGAUGUGGACAACGUGAAGCAAGCCUUUUGCAGGCUUGGCACUGUUGAUGGACCUUGGAGCUACGAUGAAGAAAAGAACCACCUCAUCCACCGUCUACAUGGCCACUGCCUCACAUUACAACCGAGCUCACGGCAACUUGGCCUAGUACCGUGUGACCCUAACAACACCUAUCAGAAAUGGACCAUCUCACAUAAAAAACCAAACUGGUGAGAGUA